CACUAAGUGCUCUUGCUAGAAAUGGUGAUGAUUGUUUUGUUUACAAUGGAAAAAUAAACUAAAACUAGUUGAAAAACCCUAAAAAAUGGGUUGAUUUUAAAUCAAACUUAAUUCUUUUGUGUCUAAUGUGUCUGUGUUUGUACAACUACCAGAAAAUAGUCAAAUCAGCAUUGCUUUGAAGAAAAUGACCACUCCUGUUGUUGAAUUUUGCACAGUGAACAACAUUACAGUGACUAUUCCUGUCUCAUCUCUUCUGAUAACUCAACAAGUGCCUGUUCUUCCGGACAGGAAAGAUGCUGAAGACGGAAUUGCAGGAAAAUCUCAAAUCACUUCUGAACCGCUGAAUAUCAAUAGCAAAUGUGAUACUGCAGAAACCCCAGGAAAUACUAACAUUCCAAAAGUAGAAUGUGAUCAAGUAUUUGAAGCGAGGCUUUGUGAUAAAGAAAAAUCCUGGAGAAGAAGAAAAAGAUCAGAUGACAAGUGUCUAUGCUUUGAGUGCUUGGAUAGCUUCUCACUAAUCUCUGAUUUGCAUAAACACACUCUGAAGAAUCAUCCAUCAGAUUCCCAGAAUUUCCAUCAGUGUUUCUUCUGUCCAGGAAAGUUUGCCGACAAGGAUUCUCUUCUUCGUCAUGUUCUCGUCCAUGAGAGUGAAGAAUACCACGAGUGUCCUGACUGUUCGGCAGUUUUUGUGGAAAUUGGGACUUUUCUUCAUCACAUGGACAAUCAUCAAGACAAGUCAGGGACUUUGAGAGUAUCAAAUGAUGAGGAAACAGUUGCAAAUCCUCCCGAAAGCAGAGAAGAAGACCGAAUGCCUAAAGUCCAGAGGAAGAGGAAGAAUGAUGCUCAAGGAACUCUUCAGUGGCAGAAGAGAGACAACAAAGUUCGUCCCUUCACCUGCAAUCUCUGUGAUCGAUCAUUCACUCUGGCCAGCACGAUGGCGCUGCACAAGAAGCGCACGCACUUGGGAAUUCGCCCUCACGAGUGUCCGAAAUGUGGCUGGAAAUUCGCCCAAUCCAGCGAUCUGACCAAGCACAUGCGGAGGCACACAGGAGAUCGUCCGUACAGAUGUGAAUUCUGCGGAUUGGCCUUCACUCAGCUCCGGAAUCUCAAGAAUCACGCCAAGACGCACACUGAGGAGCCAAGAUCGUGCAAAUAUUGUGAGAAAGUAUUCACCAUCGACACGAGUCUGCAGGCUCAUCUGAGGAAGCACGAAGGAUCCGAGGCUGAGCCGUGCGAGGUCUGCGGCGUUCCCUUUACGCAAGCCCGUGAUCUGGAGCAUCACAGGCGACGACAUCACCGGGAGAGUCGCCCGCACAAGUGCUCGAGUUGCGACAAGAGAUUCGGGAAGAAGUGCGACAUGAUAAAACACCAGCGAAUCCACACGGGAGAGAAGCCUUUCGCCUGCUCAAUUUGCCAGAAGUCCUUCACGCAUCCCACGAGUCUCCGGAACCACGCGGCUGUGCAUUCGGGCGAAAAGCCCUUCCAGUGCUCCGUCUGCGGCCGCGCCUUUGCCUUCGCCGGCAACCUGAAAGUCCACAUGCGCUCACACACCGGCGAGCGUCCCUUCGAGUGCACCGUGUGCCAGAAGACCUUCUCGCGCUCGGCCAAUCUCAACGAACACCUGAAGAUUCACACGGGCGAGAAGUCGUACAGGUGUGAUUUGUGCGGCAAAGCCUUCACGAAUUCCUCCACAUUCUCGAAGCACAAGAAGAUCCACUCUGGCGUGCGUCCGCACAGCUGUCCACUCUGCUCCAAGGCCUUCAUCCAGUACGCUCAUCUGGCCAAACAUCUGCGCAUUCACACCGGCGAGAAGCCCUACAAGUGCACCAUUUGCGGCAAGUUCUUCAGACGCACAGACACUCUGGCCAGUCACAUGAAGACCCAUCGCAAGGCUGAGCAUCUCAAAGACACGCCAUCGGAAGCGCUCCACUUCACCUUCGCCGUACCUGCUGAUGAGAUGGGCGGACAAGUGUCUGGGGAAUUCACACCUGAUCAGUCUGUCAGAGUCAUGCAAUCGCAGGAAGCCACCUUUGACUACAUCUCUCCUGACAAUUCCACCCUCCUCAUCACACAUCUCUGAUAACCAGG